AGAAAAAAGAUGGCACAACCAGGUAUGGCUCCACCCGGGGCUCCCAUGAUGCAACAGCCAGGAGGGAGACAACCUGCCCAGUGGAUGCAGGCCCCCCAGGCACCACCUAACUGUCCCCCAGGCCUGGAGUAUCUAGCCAUGAUAGACCAGCUACUGGUCCAUCAACAGGUUGAAUUGUUAGAAGCUUUCACCGGGUUUGAGACAAAUAACAAAUAUGAGAUCAAGAACUCUAUGGGCCAGAGAGUAUAUUUUGCAGCUGAAGAUACAAACUGCUGUACAAGAAACUGUUGUGGAAAGGAAAGGCCGUUUGAAAUCCAGAUAAUGGACAAUGCUGGUAGAGAGGUGAUUCACUUGAGUUCCCCCCUGAGGUGUGACACUUGCUGGUUUCCUUGCUGUUUAAAGAAAGUUGAGGUAUCUGCCCCAGCAGGCCAAGUUGUAGGUUAUGUCCAGCAAGCUUGGAGUAUAUUGAAACCAAAGUACAAGAUCCAGAAUGCUGCAGGAGACACUGUGUUAAUAAUUGAUGGGCCUUGCUGUACAUGUAAUAUAUGUGGAGAUGUAGAAUUUCAGGUUUACUCCUCUGAUGGGGAGACCCCUGUUGGUCAAAUCAGGAAACAAUGGACAGGCCUUGUAAAAGAAAUGUUUACAGACGCUGACAACUUUGGUAUAACAUUCCCUCAGGACCUUGAUGUUAAUGUUAAAGCGACAUUACUAGGAGCUGUUUUCCUAAUUGAUUUUAUGUUUUUUGAAAAAGAACAAAAUGAGGAAACGCAUACAGUAGGCAUGAUGUAG